AUGACUUAUAAUGAAGUUACAGUGCAAUCAAGAUUACAACUUCAAAAUGAAAAUGACACUAACAUAUUAUUCGCUUUAAAUGAACGCCUCGUACUAGACAGAGAUUUACGACAGAUAACCAUUGAUGGUAGCGGGGCAACCGGUGCAACUGACACAACAGGUGCGCUCCAAACUACGUUGGCAACCGAUAUCAUCGGAACAUCCAUAUCGAGUGCUGAACUUACAUUAACAUCCCGCAUAUCCAUAUGGAGUGAUUUACCUCCAUUAGGAACAGAUACACGCACCGAUGUGACCGCGACAACCAUAAGCGAUACUGAGUCUACAUUAAGCACCGAUAGCAUCUUGGGAACCACGACGGAUACUUCAUCUGCAGUGGCAAUCGAUAGCAGCUCCAGCUCCAGCUCGGGCACGACCGAAAUCACGACCGAUACUUCAUCUACAACAACAAUCGAUACAAGCUUCAGCACGACCGAAACCACGGCCGACGCUCCAACUACAACAACAAUCGAUACAAGCUCCAGCACGACCGAUACUUCAUCUACGACAACUACCAGCUCCAGCUCGAGCACAACCGAAACUUCAAGUGAAACUAUAAGUUCAACGUCUUCAGGUGGAAGUACCACACUAAGCACCACUACUCCGCCUAUGACCACUACUCCGGAUCCAAGCUUCUGCAAAAAUAUCUCGCAUUUCUUCCAAAGUGGCCAAUGUAGAGAAAGGAAUACAACUAGGGAAGAUACGAUAAAUACUCUGCAGAAUACUACAAAUUCUAGUGUCAUUGCCGAACAACUUUCGUUAUAUAUAGGCUCAUUGACUGAUUCAAAUGUAUCAUCGACUUCACAAAAUACUUUAACCCUCGAUGAAAUUGAUGGUUAUCUUACUAUUAUAAACAGUACAGAUUUAACAAAACAGACCACGGACUCCAUCCUUGUGGCAACGUCAGUAGAACAAGAAAAUAGUACAAUCGUUGUAGGUGCAUCAUUCACAACUGGUGUUGGCGGCAAAGUUAUCGAUUCAUCAAAUAUAAACAAUGUGAAUACGUCAAGUAUUACAGCAGCGGCAAUCGUUAAUAAUCAAUCUUUAAUUGGUGUUUCCUCAUUAAAUAUGCUAAUAAUUGAUAAACCUACUACGUACAUAAGUGUAGAUAAUACCAUGAAUAAAACACUUGCAUCAUCCAUUAUCAUGGUGGCAUUGCGAAGAAAUGAUGCGACAUCAGCUCCAAUUGACAUAUCUCUUUAUUUUAAAGUUUUAUCGGGUUUUGAGCCUAAGGUUCCCGCGGAUUAUUUUUGUUCCUUUUAUGAUACAGCCAAUCACGUAUGGAAUGAAUCUGGUUGUACAAAACCAGCUUAUGAUGAGCAAUUCAAACGAUAUGAGUGCCGUUGCAAUCAUACUACUACAUUCGCUCUUGUUUGGUUGCCUAAGGUACCUCUCACCCGUUAUCUGAAUUCACAAGAUAUUGCAUCUUUGGUAUUUCAAUCAAUUUCAAUUUUAUGCUUUCUUGCGGUUGUGCUUCAUACAAUUUUGACACGAAUUCAAAAUCCAAUAAUGCGUUUACAAACAUAUGAUUUACUGCCACUGAUGUCAUAUGGGGCAACAAUGAUUCUUUUUAUUUUCUUCAUUGCUCUUGCAAUGACAACUUACGCAAAAACAUCUUCGGAAGAUCAAACAAGUUGUUUCUUAAGUUCAAGUGUUUUAAUGUUUUUCGUUUAUUUCUUUUUAAUUUUCAUGUUUUGCACCAAGACCAGUGUGGCAUACUUUAAUUAUUUACGGUUCGUUCGUUUAUUUCCUGCACCAUCAUAUCGGCGAUUGUUUAUCAUGAUUUUGAUUUCAUUUUUUAUAUCUAUUAUAUGGGUCAGUGUCGCAGCUGGACUUAAUUCCAAUCCAUCAUACAACAUUACUCAAUUGUAUCCGUAUAAACUUUGUUGGUUUACUCGCGAUGUUAUUUACUACUUUCUAACCAUACCUGUUGGUGUCUUCCUUUUCUUGAAUAUCUUAAUAUUCAUUAUUGUAACUCAUCGUAUAAUCAAACACGUCAGAAAUGCAACAUCGCCUCAUCAAUCAUAUGAACGAAUGAAACGAUGUGUAAUUAUUUUACUUUUAUCCAGUGUUACGCAAGGCAUUGGUUGGAUUUUCGGUCCAUUUCUUACAAUUGUCGAUGAAAAAGCGGGCAAUAUUUUAGGCUGGUUUUUUAUUAUUUUCAACGGAUUGGAAGGUCUAUGGAUUAUUUUGUUGUAUUUAUUAAUUCGAUCACAGCAUAUGGAUGAACAAAAACGGUCUAUUGCUGCAGCAGAGUUAACAAAAUCAACGACUCUAACAUCUAAUAAGCGUAAGAACAAUAGCAGCGGUAGUUGGUAUUAUUACAGCGUGAAACGAAAUGAAAAUAUUGAUCGAAGAUGGGAAGACAUGUUUGAGGAUUAUUUGAAUGAUCCUGAAACUGUGACAGGGACAGCUAGUGUUUGUUAA